CAUUGCGCGGUCGUGUUUUGGCCGAGCGAAAAGAUGGCGGACUCUUGUUUUCAAGAUCGCUCGCGCACUCGGCACGUCGGUACGCGACUGGCAGGAUUCUGAAAAGGGAUCUCGCGCGAAAGUUGACAUGCUGGACGCACGAAGGUCGCAGCCGCGGUAGAGCGUCGUAGUGACAAUCCGCGUGCGCGAAUCGCCCGGGGACGUCGUCGUCGUCCUCGUCGCCUCGUUUCGGCGUCCUCGUCUCUGUCUCUUUCUCUCUCUUUCUCUCUCUCUCUCCCUCCCUCAAAGAAACUCGGCGCGCGAAGCGUGUGGCUCGCACGCCUUGGGACUGUCCGGGUUCAGUGCUGUCAAAUCGCUUUGUUUGACGUCUCGCUUGACAGGUCGCGAGACCCGAAGCGAGGAUGUCGAAUCGGUGAAGUAGUCAUCGCGCGCCAUCGCGGGUUUCUCUGUGACUCCCUCCCUCCCCCCUUCUUCUGUAACUGUGUGUUUACCGCUCGCCUGCUACGGAGCGCGAACUUGGUUAGGUUCGCCGAGUGAAAAUCGUUCUCGUGCAAGUUUCUAUGAUAUCUGGACGUCGUCGUGCGUGUUUUUCGCGGUAGUUGAUGUUUACAAUGUGAUGGGCUGUCGAGUCCGUCAACUGAUGAGCAUUGGGUAACACUUGGACGAUGGCGAACAGCGAAUUCGAUGUGGAGCUCUUCGAGCGGAGGCUCCAUACACUGAAGGACUCGCAGGAGUCCAUACAAGGGCUGUCUGCGUGGUGUCUGGAGAGAAGACAGCAUCACAAGAAGAUUGUCGCCACGUGGUUGCAAGUCCUGAAAAAAGUGAAAGUUGAACAUCGGCUUACAUUGUUCUAUCUGGCAAAUGAUGUUAUCCAAUACUCAAAAAGGAAGAAUUUUGAAUUUGUGGAAUCAUGGGGCACUACUUUGCAACGUGCAACAACUAUGGUUCGUGAUGAGAAAGUAAAGCAUCGUAUAUUGAGAAUCUUCAAAAUCUGGGAUCAGCGACAAAUCUAUGAUGAAGAGUUUCUCACUGAUUUGUCCGGCUUAAUUUCGGCGGCGCCAAAAAAGAAAUUGGAACCCCAGCAGAGUUCACAACCGGAUGAGUUUCAGGCGGCUUUGCUCAUCUCUACAAUGAGAUCUUGCGCGACUCUGGAACAAGCGACUGAUGCCAGACUCCGUGACUUGAGGGAAAAUAAUAUAGAUAUAGAAUCUGUGGAAGAGUUACGUGCGUCGUUAAAGGACAGAAGGCGUAUGGAGGAUGCGGAAAAGGAAAUAGAUUUAGCUGUAAAAAAUUUUGAAAAUUAUGUUCGAUCGUUAGAAGCAGAGAUCAGGGAAAGGACACAAGUGCUUGAAUUGUUGGAGCAAGCGGAUCAGUUUUAUGAAACUCAACGUGGGGAAGUUAAAAUAGUGACAAAUGCGUACCGGAAUUUUGGUAGUCGUGUGAAAAAUUUGAAGAAAAAUUUGGACGAACUGCUACCGACGUUCGUUUCGCCAAUACCGUCGCCGGACGUGAACGCACCUUCGCCAAGUCCCGACAGCGAUAUAGAACUUCCAGGAGACGAAACACAGGCAACGAAUAAUCAAAUGGGAAUAAUUGAGGUAGCACCGCCAUCUCUCUAUGGUUCAUAUUCUCACGAGUAUGAUCCUGUACCUGUCCCUGCACCUGAGUUGGUACAAGGCAACGAGUCGGGAGACUUUACCAAUAAUUUUCCCUCUUUUAUAGGAGGAAAUAUGGAUUUUGGUAAUAUGAGAAAUUUGUUCAAUGAAAGAUCUGCAACACCUCCUGGAAUGUCUCAAUCAUAUAAUGAAUCUUUGGAGGCAAAACCAAUAGAAGUGAUUAAUAUGAGACCGUCAAAAAAUGAAAACAGCAAUGCUGAUUUCAAUAUAUCUAGUUUUUUGAAAACGGUUCUUCCGUCCUCCGACGGAACUCCAGAAUCGGGUCGAAUACCAGGUUUAGGCCUAGACGUUUCUGAGAAUCGAGUAGAAUCGCCACAACGCAGCAAUUAUAGAAACUCACCUCAACUUCCUGUAACGCCUGUGAUUUCAAGAAUGAUGGGUAGUCAGGGUGCGCCACCUCUUGGUGCUGGUUUAAAUAAUUGUCAAAUGAGUCACAGUACUCCAUUGGCGGUUCGCAAUCUAUCUGCUGAAUCGCACACACCCUCUCCGUAUUCCAGUCAAAACAGUCAGAGUAAUGUAACUGGUCCUUUUGAUGGUUCCGCUAACCCUAGUGUAGUUAAUCCUUUACCGCCUCCACUACCACCACCCAUUUUUCUCGAUGAUGAGAAUUGUUACAACAAAUUACCACCGAAAUUUCCUACGUGGACACCGCCAAACGAAAGCAUCAAGGAGUCGGCCAAAUGGGAAGAAAAAGGAAAAAACAGCAUGAAUCCCACGUGGCCCGGCGAAUGCGACGAUAAAAAGAGUUGGAUGGACCGCGACGGAGAGAGAUGGGAUUCCAAUAAUGAUUCCACGUGGCCGGGCAGGACCAAGAACGAGAUGUCCGAGACACCGGAAUCGCCACCUAUGUAUGAGAAAUCUGGCUUCGCCGAGCCGGUGGAAUACAACGAGCCGCAAGCACAAGAAUCUCUUAAUACCACAGGAGAUGUGGAUCACAGAGUGAUUCCAAUUCCAAUGACUGUCGAAAAUCAGUUACCGUAUCGCUUGAUGAAGGCGGCAGAUGUGGAUCAUCGUAAUUUGAUUAGUCUGACGGGUAGUCCGGCCAAUCACAAUAGUCUCGGUGAUUCAUCGCUACCUUCUUUACCUAAUAACAACAGUUUAUGGUCCACAAGUGAUCAAGAUUAUCGGCGACGCAUGCAACCCGGCGAUAUUGUCGAGAGCGUUGAUAUGGAGAUGUCGGAUGAUGAGACUGAUAGCAAGCCAAAAGGCAGAGUUCUGGUUGAUUUGAGAUCGCAGGAUCGUGACAUGCGUGUCGGCAUGCCGCCGUCAACCACCUCUCGUUUUGACUUGGACAUGCGAAUCUCUCUUCCUGCCGGACAAAUGCCGGGUUCUCGUGGUGGUCAGCUCGUACAAGAUGUACACCUGAUGCAUUCAGGACCGCCGCCACCUCCGUCGCUGUCGCAACAAUUUCAGCAUCAAGGUCAAGGUGGUUUUCGGCAAGAGCAACAAGAAUUCUCUCAUCGCAAUCAGUCGGGAGAUUUUCAUCGAAAUCAAUCGAAUUUUCAUCAAAACAGACUACCACCGCCAAAUUUUUUGCCGAAUCAGGACUUUCACUCGAACCAACAAGAAUUUCAUCAACUUCAUCAGUCGCAGCAAGAUUUUCAUCAGUCGCAGGAUUUUGAGUAUCGCGACCGAGAACACUCUAUUCGGUCCAAACAGGAUUUUUUGACCGAACCAUCGGGACGCGGCAGAUACUCGCAAUCGACGGAUCAGCGCGAUACUUCGUCCUUCCAUAGAAACGAACGGAGCAGUCGUGGCAAUGGCGGACGUGGAUUUUCGAGGAACCGCCGCGAUCGAUAUUCGGACGAUCACAAUAUGAAGCAACGCAACAGUCUGGCGAAUAGUCGUAAGUCAAGAUCGCAGGAUCAGCAUCGGCAAUCGUCGCCAGAUACCUUGCCUAAUAGUCGACCAUUGAUACUGCAACCACCCGACACCGUCGUAAUCCUCGACGAGGAAGGCAUGCCAAUUGGUAUGCCGGAUUUCGAUCAGGACAACAACAUAACACUCAACAUGGCGGAUGCUCAGGUCGAGUCGGAACGCGAUUCCAAUAAUUGUCAGGGGUCUUCGAUACCACAGGUGCGACGGAAAUCGCACGACGCGCCGAGUUCUCACGAAUCUGAGCGUAAUCAACAAGGUUACCAAUUAGGCCCAGAUCAUGAGCAGCAGGCAUUAUCCUCGAUCAAGUCGGACGAUCAGCCAUCGUCAUCGAAUCAAGUGACGGUUAUUCCAGUAACAUCUGACAGUGCCAGCGAUGAUCCGCCACAACCAAAUCAGUAUGUUCCUAUUUCAGACUACGAGGAGCAUGUAGAGUCGACCGAGCACGCCGAAGCUGCGGAGAAGACAAGUGCGAUCGACAAGUGCGAGUCGCUCGAUGAGGGACAAGAAGUGGAUUUCACGGAAAACGAGCACUUGGACGAGUUGAUGAGCACAACCACGUCGGGUAACGAACUCAAAAGACCGUCGACGAACGGCAGUUUUGAUGAACAGAGUCACGACGAAAGAAAUUCCAACAAGAAAAGGACUCUGCUGCCGAACGGUCCGCAAACGUCGGGUGGCAGCGAGUCAUCGGGACCAAAUGGUCCCUCGCCGCACGUUAGCACGUCGACGACGGAACCGCAUUCUACGAUGAUGUACGAGUAUGACGGGCCGAACUUUCGGCCGCGCAUCGGCGCGCCUUUCCCGCCUUGGCGAGGCGGACCGCCGCCUCCACCCUCUAGAGGAAGUAGAGGAUUCAGGGGUGGACCGCCGCGCGGUCCGUGGAUGGACAGAGGGCCGCGCGGACCCGCGGCCUCUAAUUUCUCGCCGAGAGGACUGAAACGCGGAGGUGGGCAAUUUCGCGGCGGCGGUGGCUUUAGAGGUCGGGGACGAGGCAGUAAUUGGUAGAUAAACGCAAAAUACAAAAGACUCGACAACGACUUUCAAUUGUCGUCGUCGUAAUCAGAUUGAAAAUAUUACCAAGUGCGUUUGGCACCCUGUAAAUAAGCGAAUCGUUGUGUUUUGACAUACACACAUAUACAUACAUAUACAUACAUACAUACACACAUACAUA